AUGGGCGAUCCCCCGUGUAAGAGUGAGGUCGAGGAGGACAUUCCAGUCCAUGUGACCACAGGGCUUGUGGAGGAGGACCCCCAAGAUGGCAUCCGGUGCGUUUAACUGUUUCCCGCCACCUGUACCUCCUGAUGCUUCCUGUGGAGAAGAUGACCCGCAGAUCUCCAGAGUGCCCACCUCGCCAGCAGGAAAUCCCAAUAAGAACUCUGAGGGAACCACUAAGUUACCACAAGUACAAAAUGGAGCUCUCAUGCCACACUCGUCAAGAAAAAACCUCAUUGCCGUGCUUGUAUAUCCAGGACUUCUCAUUACAGAUCUAGCACGUAAACCAAGUAGUCAUGGAGAAUCUUCUCCUGAUCAAUCACAGAUUGUUUCCACAAGUCCAGACCUAUCAUCUAAUACCCCUAAUCAUAAAGAACCUUCUACUGACCAAUCACAAAUUGUUACCACAAGUACACCACAAUCACAUCUUGGAACAUGUAAGGAAACUCAGGCAGAACUGAAGAGAGUUCCCUGUUCACACUGCGGUAAAUGUUUUGCCCAUAAAUCACAUCUUAUUGUACAUGAGAGAAUUCACACAGGAGAGAAGCCAUUUCCAUGUUCAGAAUGUGGGAAAUGUUUUACAAAUAAAUCAGAUCUUGUUAAACAUCAGAAAUGUCACACAGGAGAGAAGCCGUAUCCAUGUUCAGAAUGUGGGAAAUGUUUUAUUAGGAAAGCCAAACUAAGGGAACAUCAGAGAGUUCACACGGGAGUGAGGCCGUAUUCAUGUUCAGAAUGUGAGAAAUCUUUUAUGGAGAAAUCACAUCUUAUUAAACACAAUAGAACCCACACAGGAGAGAAGCCGUAUUCAUGUUCUGAAUGUGGCAAAUCUUUUACAUGUAAAUCGGAACUUAUUAUACAUGAGAGAAUUCACACAGGAGUGAAGCCAUAUUCAUGUUCAGAAUGUGGGAAAUGUUUUAUGGCUAAAUCAUAUCUUAUUCAACACAAUAGAACCCACACAGGAGAGACGCCGUAUUCAUGUUCUGAAUGUGGCAAAUCUUUUACAUGUAAAUCAGAACUUAUUGUACAUGAGAGAAUUCACACAGGAGUGAAGCCAUAUUCAUGUUCAGAAUGUGGGAAAUGUUUUACUAAUAAAUCACAUCUUGUUUACCAUCAGAAACGUCACACAGGAGAGAAGCCGUAUCCAUGCUCAGAAUGUGGGAAAUGUUAUAUUAGUAAAAGCGAACUGAGGGGACAUCAGAAAGUUCACACGGGAGUGAGGCCAUAUUCAUGUUCAGUAUGUGGGAAAUCUUUUACAGAGAGAUCAAAUCUUAUUGCACAUGACAGAACUCAUACAGGGGAGAAGCCAUUUUCAUGUUCUGAAUGUGACAAAUCCUUUAUGUAUAAAUCAAGUCUUGUUGUACACCAGAGAUAUCACACAGGAGAGAAGCAGUAUUCAUGUUCUGAAUGUGGGAAAUCUUUUAUUAGUAAUACCAGUCUAAGGGAUCAUCGGAGAAGUCACAGGGGAAUGAAACCAUCCUGAUCUUCUACAGUUGCAAGAAAAAGUACUGUGAACCCUUUGGAAUGAU